AUGCCUCUGCCAGAACGCAAACACUGGAAACGGGCACAACGCGCCCAAGUUACCGGUCCGUCCGAUCCUGUGCACCACAAGCACCACAAGCACAGCAACGCAUCAACCAGCAUGCAGGCACGAGUUCGGAACUCGGAGAAUGAGCCAACGAAACCGGUAGUCAUUGCACGACCUGAUUCCCGCAGCAAGGCACAGCAGCUAGAGCCUGGGUCCUGGCUAAAAUAUACAGCUACCCAAAUGUCAAACACAGGACAAGACGGAGCUCCCACCGGGCACACUGACAAUGCGCCCCCGGUAGGACCUAGCGUUAAGCCCAGGUUGGCCUCAAGAAUGAGCACAGCCUGCAAAGUCCCCCUAGAGUCAAUGCCAAAGGCGUCCAGAAAGGCUACAAAAGGCAAAAGCUCAGCAUAUACAACGGAGAGCAAAACUAGCCAGCCAAGUUCCAGGGCGUCAGGAGCAUUGUCAGUGGAACAAGGGGGAGGAUACAGCGUCAAAGACACUGGGGGAGAAACUGGUCAAACAAAGGACGGCAAUGAAGCAUCGGGGGAUGAGGGAACAUACAAUAGAGAGGAAGAAAUAGGCAAAACCUACAUGGAAGCAGACACUGCAAUGAUUAGUGCAUUGCCGGAAGAAACAGUAACAAGGGGUAUACCUAAGUCAGCAAUACUGUCCCCAAUUAGUAGAAGACCACAAUACCAAAUACAAAGUGUACCAACGGUACUAGAACCCCCCGCAGAGAUCAAAAGACCUGCUUCAGCACCAAUAAACCCACAUCGGCAAACCCCAGUAAAUAAACCCAUCAAAAUAGAACAGAGCAGACAGGGCAUAAACAGCCCAAGUGCCAAAGCAAAUGCUAGACAGAAAAACCGCUGGCAGAUAGGGAAUAUAGUAACAAGGGACAAUACAGUACCCUCAAUAAUAAGGACACCGCCUGGCCCCAGCAAAGGGAAGCUAGCAAUAAGGAACACAAAUGGAAGAAAGGAAAGGAAAGAGGAAAGCCUACCUUGUAGACAACUAGACCCUAGGGAACAAACGCGCCUAGACUACAAACUAAUAGACGCAAUUGGAAAGGACAGAGAGCGACUAGCUGCUCUACUGGACUAUGAGGAAUCAAUGGGAAAUGGAGGGCGCAAGGCCCGAAUAUUAUUUGCAAAUACAAACACAGAAGUGACAGUACAGGCAAAAGAGAAAGGAAAAGAACCCAUAACUCCUAAGAACAAGAGUUGCGUGCAAGCCACAUUAGGACUACCCAUGAGCCAGCUGGAGGGCGAGUGCAAGUACACGCAUACACCAGCUCUGAACACAGUAACGGCAAAAAACAGGGGACUUCCUACUGGUGGAUACUUGCACAACCAAUUAACAAACCCCACCAAAGAAUUGGUAGCGGCCGACAGGAACCCCAGCAAUUCAAGCAAAUCAAGUAGCAGCUCAGACAGCAACAAUGACUUCAAUAACAUGAGUCCACAUAAACUUGCUAAAUACAUUAAGAAAUUAAAGAAGAAGAAUAAAGAAAGAAAAGAAAAGGAAAAGCUGAGGAAACUACAACUCAGCAGGUUUAAGACAAAGUUACCUACAGCAUACAAUGGGCUGAACAAUUUCAAUACAUUCAAACAGUUUGUUUACAAAGUAGAAACAUGGCAGGAGGACACAGGAUUCAAGGACUAUGAAGCUGUAAGGCACGUAAAAAGCUUCCUCAAAGAUAAAGCGGCAAGCUACUAUAUGCUACAUGUAGCCCCCAAUGUCACUCAAUAUACGCUGACCCUGGUAUUCCAAGGGCUAUUCAAUUAUUGCUUCCCGCCAGACAGUCAAGCAAGAAUAUGCCGCAAGUUUAACAAUAUGACACAAUCAGACCAGGGGUUUAGAGAUUUCUACCGCAAAUUAUGUAAAAUACAAAGAAGACUAGCGGACAUAAACAAUAAAUCAAUUGCUGUCCAAAUGUGGGAAGGAGCCCACAGCUACAUACGCAUAGAAUGGGCAAGGAAUGGAUACUCAGCGGAACACAACUCGCCAGAGGAAUUAGAAGAAUUGGCAAUUAGAUUUGAAACUGCCAAAAAAAUUUGCCAAACGGAAGAGAACCAAACAAAUGAUUGCCGAGACCAAUCGACAUACAAAGGCAAGCGCCCUGAUUACCGUAAGCCUAGGGAAGGUGAAAGAAACGGUAACACGCCCAGGCAAGAUAAGCCGCACGUCAGUACCAAUAAGUCUCCAAGAAAGGAGAAGGUACCUAGGCUCUUGCCAGAGAAGUUUGCAGAAUAUUGUGCAGCAGGAAAGUGUACGUUCUGCCAUGAGAUUGGACAUAUAGCCAAGGACUGCCCAAAGCAAAAUUUUGCUAAACCUAAGGGUAUAAGCACGUUGGCCGUAAGCUUUGCUUGCAUACAUGAACUAGAAACAGCAACAAGGGAGUCUAAAUUGAUAUACGCAAUAUCUCUUGACCCAGGGGACAGCAACAAAAUUGUAUGUGAUACACAAACCUUAAGUACAUACGCAAUAAAGAAAGAAACCUUACCGUCUAUGGAAUGGAACACAUCCAAACCAAGAGACAAGGAACAAAAGGUCCCACAACCAAUAAUACUCAAGGUCCUAAUUAAUGGGAAACCCCCCAGAGCAUUACUUGAUAGCGGGUUGCACGGGGAUUUUGUAUCUACCACAUUAGUGGACCAAUUGAAACUAAAAAAGACCCAAUUAGCUAAACCCAUAGGACUACAAAUGGCAGUAUUGGGAUCUAAGAGCUCAAUUAAUUGGUGCACAAAUGCUCAAUUCCAAUACCAAGGAAUAGAAGAAAACCAAUUAUUUGACGUAAUGAACAUAGAGAACUACAACUUGAUAUUAGGUACUCCCUUCUUGUACCAAUUCAAAGUCUUGUUUGGACUUAAUCCACCAAAUGUAUUAAUUGGGAGUAAUAAAGCAGUAUCACUACAGGGUGGUACAGUAACAACUAUAGCCUUGCUAGCAGCAGAACUGCUAGAGGAUGAAAUAGAGAAAGUGCGUGCUCAACUGAGCGACGCAUGUAAAGACCUGUUCAAAACAGCAGCCAAGACGCCACUUCCCCCAUUACGAGUGAUAAAUCAUUGUAUCCCACUAAUCAACAACAACAAACCCUUACCAUGGCAAUUGUCUAAGUGCCCUGAGAAAUUAAGGGAUCAAUGGGAGAAGAAGAGAAAUGCAUACGUACAGACAGGAAGAUGGCGAUUCGCAACGGGAAAGAACGCAACACCUAUGCUAUUCCUAACAAAGAAGAGUGCUGACGGGUCUGUCAAACUCCGUACAGUACUAGAUAAACAAGCGUUGAAUGAUAACACUCAUAAAUUAGCCUCACCGCUGCCAGAUCAAGCGGACAUCUUAUGGCGAGUACAAAAACAUAAGUACUGGUCAUUAAUUGAUGGAAAGGAUGCGUACAAACAAAUAAGGGUAGAACCAGAAGACGUACCACAUACAUUGUUUGUGACACCCAAUGGUACUAUGGUAAGCAAGGUAAUGCAACAAGGCAAUACAAAUGCCAGUGCUACAUACCAAUCGCUCAUGAAUAUAUUACUUGAGAAGGGACAAGGAAAAUACUGGGAUGUAUUCUUAGACAAUAUAGUAGUAUAUACAAACUUGAUCAAAGAGCAUAUAUCCAGGAUGAACAAACUCUUUGAGAUAUUGAGACGUGAGAAACUUUACCUUAGCAAUGGGAAGAUACAAUUCCUAGUACGCAAACUAAACAUACUAGGUCAUGUGAUCAAUGAAAAAGGGAUCCAAAUGGACCCCAACAAAAUCAACAACGUACUAAAGUGGAAAACACCUACCACUAAGGAACAAGUGAUGGCGUUCUUAGGAGCAGUUGGCUACCUAGCGCCUAAUUGCAAGGGCAUAAGAAUACCCAUGGGGGUACUAUCAAACCAAUCAGCAGGAAACAAACACUGGAAUUGGGACCAUACGGCCCAACGUGCGUUUGAAGAAAUAAAGACAAUAGUACAGAAACAUAGGGACACUCACCAAGUUGCUAUAGAUUACAGUGAGGAGGCCCCUCCAAUCAACUUAGUAACAGACGCAAGUUGCACCGGCGCAAGCAGUGUACUGUUGCAAGGAAAGGAACUAAGUAAGGCGCAUGUAAUUGCCUUUUGGUUGGGCAAAUUUAAUAGCACUCAGCAAAACUAUGCAGUGCACAAAUUAGAACUACUAGCAAUCAAAGAGUCACUAGAUUGA